ACCUUAGGCACUAUGAAAAAAAGUCAGUAUUUGGAAUCUUAUACUGCUUGGCUAAGUUAACACUAAAUAUAGACCAGCAGUUUCAUGCUGGGGUUUAUGGGCCUUAUAGGAGCACCGUGUGCCGAAGGGAGGCAAAGAAAGAGCUACAGAAUUUCUGGGACAAUGAAUCCUUCCCGGGACACCGGCUCUGGAGGCAUUCCUGAAGAUAGAAAGCUUUAUGUUGUGGAUUCCAUAAAUGACUUAAACAAACUAAACCUCUGUCCUGCCGGAUCGCAGCAUCUGUUCCCUCUAGAGGAGAAAAUCCCGGACAUCGGCACUAACUCAGGAAAUGGAAACCACAGUCUGGUUUUGGUGGGGCUGAUCAUCGUGCUGAUUGUCAGCCUGGUACUGGUUUCCUUCGUGAUAUUUCUGAUAGUUCAAACUGGCAACAAGAUGGAAGAUGUAUCAAGAAGACUAGCAGCUGAGGGGAAGGACAUAGAUGAUCUUAAGAAAAUCAACAGCAUCAUUGUAAAGCAACUCAACCAACUGGACUCUGAACAGAACUAAAGGAAUGAUCUUCCAAGAGCAACCGCUAACACCUGAGCUUCUCGCUGUCCUGGGAUGGUACAGGGUUAAGAACUGACCAAGGGCAUAUCUGCAGGCAACAAAAGGCCAACUUUCCACUACAGGGAUGGGAGCAGCUCCAAGGCAAGGGGGGCUGGGGACAGCCGCCAGAAGGGGGCUGAUUUUGUGGUAGGGUCCUUCAGCUUUCUUGGGGUUAAAGGUGGCUGGCAUGGAAACAAGGAACAGGAAACAAGAAUGGGAAUUUGGCUCUGUAUGUACAGCUUCUUUUACGAAAGGAGCUUUGGCACCAGAAUAAGUUCACUGUGGCCAGUAAAUUUCACAGCACCUCAUGUAACUUUAUGAACUCCCUCGAAAGCCUAAGGAAUUCAUUGAAUUAUUUGUGUUCAAGGGAAUCAGGUGAUAACUCUUUGCAAUAAAAUAGAUUCUGCU